AUUUAUCAAAUAAGGCUGGGGUCUGGUCACCGGUCGCGCGGGGGUUAAUCGAAUCCCAAGUUAAUCGGAUAAUCGAAUCUACAUCUGGCCAGCUGCGCUGCACUGAUGCUCAGGGGGCGGAGCCUGCAUUUGUCUAGCUUGGUCUACAGUGUGAGUAUCCCGAGAAAGUACAGAAGAAGCCAAUCAACAUCAUGAGUGUGACAGACCAAGGAUUCACCAUCGAUGACGUCCGGCAGGCGGAGCAGCGCAUCAAGGGCUAUGCCACCAAGACACCUGUGAUGACAUCACAUCGUAUGGAUGCGAAGGCUGGACGCAAAGUGUUCUUCAAAUGCGAGCUGUUCCAGCGAACUGGAUCUUUCAAGUUCCGCGGAGCAGUCAACUUCUUAUCCAAGCUCCUGGAGCAGUCGAAGGACGGUCCGGCACCCUGCGUCACCACCCACAGCAGCGGUAACUUUGCCCAGAGUCUUGCUCUUGCCUCCAAUCUACUGGGCGCCAAGGCUUACGUGGUCAUGCCCAGCAUUGCACCACAGUGCAAACAGGAUGCUGUGAAAGAGUAUGGCGCGGAACUGAUACUGUGCACACCUACUGAACAGGGUCGUGUCGCAGCUAAAGAUAAGGUGGUGGAGGAGAAAGGAGCUGUGUAUGCACCCUCCUCCCAACACCAUGACAUCAUGGCCGGCCAGGGAACUAUGUUCACAGAAAUGUUUGAACAGGUUGAUGAGAAGUUGGAUGCGAUCAUUGCUCCAGUAGGAGGCGGUGGCAUGUUAUCGGGGAUUCUCGUAGCUGCUAAGACUUUGCAGCCUGGCAUCAAAGUCAUUGCAGCAGAGCCGGAGUUGGCCAACGACUGUUACCAGUCCUUCGUCGCCAAAAAGCACAUCCGACAGGACCAUUACCCAAACACGGUCGCUGAUGGGUUGCGUAUCUCUCUGGGCGACGUGGCUUGGCCAAUCGUGCGGGAUCUGGUUGAUGAUGUCAUCACAGUGACAGAAGAAGAAAUCAAGGAGAGUACUAAGCUGGUGUGGCAGUGCAUGAAGCUGUGCAUUGAACCCUCAGCAGGAGUGGGCGUGGCCGCUGUGAUGUCAGACAAAUUCAAAGCCCUGUCACCAGACAUCAAGAAUGUGGGGGUCAUUCUGUGCGGCGGUAACAUCGACAUCGACUCCAUGAAAAACUGGCUCUAGAGAUGAUCAGAAAAGUUGAAUAAUCUUAAAUAUAAGUAGUCAAGGGCAGAUACAAAGGGGGAUGUUUGAGGUGGACAAACCCCCCAACACCCCACACCCACACCCCCACCC